CUUUUUAGGACACUUUCUCUGGCAACACUGUCUGUGGUCACAGCAACACGUCGUUGUUGUUUAUUAUUCACAAAUAAAUUAAUUGCAACCAAACAGCCAACGGUUUGUCUUGAUAUUCAUUUGUAGAUUGAAGCCGUUCAUGAGUAGUAUUUCCAAAUUUAAGAGAAAAAAUGGAUCAUAAUAAUACGUCGACCGCGACUUUGGCCACGAAUGUCGCUGGCAAACGACAAAAUCCGUCGACAUCGCAGCGCAAGAAAUCCGGCCCCAAGUUCGAGCUCAGCGAAGGACAAAAAGCCGACAUUAAGGAGGCUUUUGACUUGUUCGAUACCGAAUGCACCGGCUUUAUAGAGGUCAAAGAGUUAAAGGUUGUCCUCCGUGCACUUGGCUUUCAGCCGAAGAAAGAAGAGAUCAAGCGCAUGAUUGUCGAAAUUGACAAGGACGGUACUGGUCGUAUAUCCUUCAACGAUUUCCUACAAUUGAUGACCAUAAAAAUGCCUGACAAGGAUACCAAAGAAGAAAUAUUAAAAGCAUUUCGCCUUUUUGAUGACGAUAACACCGGGUCAAUUUCGUUUAAGAACUUAAAGCGCGUUGCCCGCGAAUUGGGCGAAACGCUGACCGAUGAGGAGUUGCGUGAAAUGAUUGAUGAAGCUGAUCUGGAUCAUGAUGGAGUUGUAAAUCAGGAUGAGUUUUUCCGUAUUAUGAAAAAGACAAGUCUAUAUUAAUCCAAAUUUCGUAGAAUACAGCUUUCGCUAGAUAUGUAUUUUUACAAUUCUAUAAAAAAUUCUGUUUCUAUAAUUCUAUGAA